AGACUUCGCGCGGAGGUCGCGAGAGAUCCCGGAAAGCGGUCGAGCGAGAUUCCUGAUUACUUCAAAACGGGAGCCUAGAGAGCGAAAAGAAACCAAUGUGAAACACCAGCUUCAAAGUAGUUUUUCAGAAGGUAAACACUUCAUUUUCGACUUUUUCUGCCCUUUUUUGACCGCUUUCCUAGCUGUCCUAAGAGUCAUUUAGCUAUGAGUGAUCCGCCCAGAAGACCGCGGGGGCAGAGGGACAGGAACGGAGGAGGACACGGAGAAAGGCGGGAGCCUCGAACACGACGAGACCAGAGUAACAACCACAGGUCCUCUACGCAGUCCUUCCCCAGAGGCUCCUCAUCCCAUUCCAGACAUACGAGGACAGUCCCUUCAGAAGCACAUGAGUCAAAGUGUACACACAUUUGCUCCAGGAGGGGUAUUGUGCUUAUAUGUGCAACCCUGACCAAUGUGUUGGUGCUGUUCUGCAUCGUGGCUGCUCACGUGACAUUAUCAGGCAUGUCUGCGAUGAACUUUGGUGGAAGCUUUGUAGACACACUCAUCCCAUUUGAAGGGGUGGAACUUCAACAGGUGCGUGACCUGGACAUGCAGUUUGGACAAAUGAGAGCACCUGGAGUCUAUGGAGGUGUGGCCUUCAGCCUCACUUUUGCUGUUCUCUCACUUUUAUUCGUGGUGUCUGGCACCAAGCCUGCCCAUGUGCUCCCAUGGAAGCUUCUGAUUGGUCAGUUUGUGUUCCAGCUGGUAGGAACUGUGAUAUAUGUGGUUGCAGUGGGUUUGUAUCUACACUUUGUGAUCAGUGUGAACUCAACAGAUGUGUGUCUGAAGCGAGAGCGACUUUAUGCUCGCAACGGAUACACUUGGAUGAACUGUAAAGUGGGUGGCGCUGAUGCAGCUGUGGCGUUGUUUGGAAUCAUAACGGCCAUUUUGUAUGCAGUGGCGUCCUUCCUUACUUUUAAAACACUCCAGAAUGUCAAGCGCUUCCAAAAGGAGCGGGCUCGCUAUGAAGCAGAAAGACGUGAGCGACCCAAACGCCCUCAGAGCACACCUCUACAGUCGGACAUCUACAUCUGAGCCUCACUCCAAGAAAAUCAGACUCGAUGCCUACAAUUUUUAAAUGUCUUCUUUGUUUUAUAAUUCAGGUUUACGUUUUUAAAGGACUAAAUAGACUACUAACUAAACUUUGUUUACUGAUAUCUGACUUCAUGCACUCUCCUUUUUCAAAAUAUUGUUUUUCAAAAUAUAGCCGGUAUGCACUUUAUUUAACUGCAGAAAUAAUCAAAUGUGAAUCAGUCAAAGCUGUCUUAUCUAAGUUUGAGUUGAGGUAUGUCUACCAUAUACCUGCAGUUAGUGGCCAUUUUGAUUGUGUCAAGUACAAAAGCAUUGUCGAUAUAUUAGACAGUUUAUUGGACUACUUGGUUGAUGUGCCUUGUUGGUGUACAGUUAGAAGCUAUAGCUAUUUCUAUGCGCAGUUUGUGUUAGUUAUCCUGUAACCCUUCAACAGUGGUCAGUUUCUGGACCACCUGUGUUAGAAUAUUUUUGUUUGGUGGACUGUCCUUAACCCAGCUGUCAUACUGAUGCACCUGACAUACUUGUACCAGUGUAACACACAGUACCCUACCACUGCCACUUUGGGGGUCACUGCUGUGCUGAAAAUAUACUAUCCAUAUAAUAUCUGGUCAUUGGUGGUACUGUGAUCCGUUUUCCUUGAUGGUGGGAUAGAACUUGCAAACAGCAGAUGGGCUGCAGUCAGUAAUUGUAAAUCUACAAAGUGUGUCUCUGUGGUUGGCCUGAAUGUCCAGUAGUACAGAUGUAGAUAGUAUAGAUGUGUGUCUAAUAAGCUAUUAUCCAUGUAUGUUAUUAUUAUUAUUAGUUUUUUUUUAAAUAGGUGUUAUAGUCCAAAUUUUUGCUCUAUUGUUAUAGUGCUGUAGUGCUGAUUAUCACGGGUGAAUGAGGGCAGGGUCAGGCAGUUUUUGAGAAGCUCAUUUAGAAUAAUCAAAUGAGCUGCAGUAAUAAUUAAAGAUGUCUGCUUGAUUUUUGUAGUUGAUUUAUGAUAAUAUAGUGAUCAUUAUGUCUUCGGUGGCGCUACUGUAAGGAACAUUGCGGGUUGUGUACUUGCUGUUCUGGACUGUAGGGGGCAGCAAACACAUUCUUUUGGAACUGCUGUUUUUUCUUCCAUGUAUUUUAAACAAUGACGCCAGCAUGUUCCACAUUCAUACUUUUGCUGUUUUCUCUGCGCAAAAUGUAUAUUAAAGGCAGCUUUUAAGCUAGACAUUGCAGUAAAUUCAAAUAAUAUUAUGUUUUUAUUAAUGUACUGAAACUGUCAGUAGCUAUUGUACUAUUUCUCUGGUCUGUACAGGUCACUGAUGGAGCCAAAUACUUUUUAAUGUACAUACAAUAUACAAUACAUACAAUAAAUAUGAGCCAACCAGAAAUAAUUGUAAUCAUGUAGUAAUUACCCUGUGGCUCUUGAGAUAUA